AUGGGGCUCUUAGAGUUGUGUGAAAAGUAUUUCCAAACCACGAAUCUAUACGAAGUUUUACAGAUUCCUGAAACUGCUUCGGACAAAGAAGUUAAAAAGGCAUAUCACAAAUUGUCUUUGAAAGUCCACCCUGACAGAGUAGAAGAAGCAGAAAAGUUAGAAGCUACUGAAAAAUUCAAAGUGCUGGGUAGCAUCCAUGCCAUCCUAACUGACAAGGAGAAAAGGGCCAUAUACGAUGAGACCAAAUGUGUGGAUGAUGAUGACUUCACGGUCAUUGUCGACCGUGACUGGUGUGGUUACUGGAGAGUAUUAUUUAAGAAAAUUACUGAUGAAGACAUCCGAGCUUAUGAAAUGGAGUAUGUUGGCUCUGAACAGGAGAAAAAAGACAUCAAGCAAGUAUAUUUGAAUGCUAAAGGAGACAUGAAUUACAUUGUGGAUCAUGUACAAUUUGCAAGAACUGACCAGGAACCAAGAAUUAGGGAGAUAAUUAAUGAAAUGAUAAAAAGUGGUGAACUACCAGAGUACAAAAUAUUUACCCAUGAACCUGCAAGUAAACGGCUUAAGAGAAUUGCUAAAGAGAAAAAGGAAGCCAAACUGGCUGAAAAAAUGCAAAAGGAAAUGCAAAAAGAGAACCCAGGACCAAUGAGCCUUGAACUUUCAAUAAAGCAGAAACAAAAAGAGAGGGCUCAACAAAUAGAUUCCUUUAUUGAUGGACUAGCUGCUAAAUACGGAGGUAGUGCUAGUAAAUCCAAGGCCAGUAAAAGGAAAACAACUACAAAAUCUGAAACAGCUGUGAAAAAUAAAAGGCGAAGAUAG